ACAAAAAGAGAUGAGAGGUUCAAGAGAAAUUGCAAAAUACACCAGGAUGCAUCUUCAUAAAACAAUAUGCAAAAGAAGAAUAAAUUUAUUACCCCAAAUAAUGCCAACGAGAAUCUAUAAAACUAUUGUUAACGUUUAAGGUUUCGAGAAUAAUUUUUGUUUGGAGAAUUUGCAAAACUAAUGCUAACGGGUUAGGGGUUUUGAUUUAAGAAAACAUAUUUAAGGGAUUACAUGAGAAUAUUAGGGAUAAAAUUGUAAAAGGAUCGGUCAAACCAAAAGUGCUUAUAAGCUAUAAAAUAAUAAGUUAGGAAUGACCAACUUAUGACUUAUAACUUUAUGUAACUUAUAAGCACUUUUCAUGUUUACCAAAUAUGCAGAUAAGUAAAAAAGUGAGUAUAAGCAGGUUUGACCAGCUUAUAAGCGUAGCCAAAUGCCCUCUUAAAAACCAUCUCAUUUGAAAGGAAAUUCGUACAAUUUCUUCAUUUUAUUUUUUGUGCGAAUUGCCCUUUAAAUGCACUGGUAUUUAAUUUCCCCCCUAAAAUUGCUGGUCUUUAAUUUUUACCAUUUGCUUAAAAAAAUAGCCAAAAAUAUUCCGAGGUUCAGGUUCGAAUUCCUGCUAAAUAAAAAAAAGAAUGAAUGUCGCUAGAUAAGACUUUUCGAAGAAACUUUGCCUUAAGGCCUAACUUUUGCCUGAAUAGGCCCAAUUUUGGACAAAAGUUAGGCUUUAAGGCCAAUUUUUGGCUAAAAGUUUUGCUCGAAUAGACCUGAUUUUGCUACGAAACUCUAUUUUUUUUUAUUAUAUUGGAAUUCGAACCCAGAAACUCGAGAUAUUAGGCGAAAGAUAUUAGGCGGAGCGCAAAACUUUGACCACCCGAGGAAGGACAAUCGUGCAAAUUAACCUUUAUUUGCCGGAUGGAAGAAACAUGGGAUCUGUGCUGAGGCCCAAAAACAUUACUACUACACUGUAACGCCUCAUUUCUCCAUUGUUGAGGGUUGAAGCUGCAACACACGCAGAGUACUUCAUUCUCAGAUUCUUGUUGGCAAUCAUUUAAUAUGAUACCUUCUAAUGGCCAAAAACAAGGCUUACCUUCCCCUCAUGUACUUAGCAACCUUCCUGAGAGUGUAAUCGAUGAAAUUUUAAUGAGGUUGCCUUUACGAGAUGCUGUGAGGACAAGCAUCUUAUCAAAGAAAUGGAGAUAUAACUGGUGUAGACUUCCACAAUUGAAACUUGAUCAAACACUUUGGAAAACAGUAGAGGACUUAAUUUCCCCUACAAUUGGAUUUACUAACGUUCUUUGUCACCUCUUGACCCUUCAUACUGGACCAAUUACCAAGUUUACCCUUGACAUUCCUGAUCUUAAAUCAUGUCCUAAUAUUCACCACUUGAUAUAUUUCCUCUCUAGGUAUGACAUUCAACAUUUUGUUCUUAAACCUCCGUUAGGUGACCAAUACAAACUACCUUCGUCAUUUUUCACAUGUCUGCAACUGAGGCAUUUGACUCUCCAUAGGUGUCUCAUACGUUCUCCACCACUCUUUAAGGGAUUUGAUAGGUUAAUUGGCCUAGAACUAAUUGAAGUCAGAAUUUCUUCAAAAUUGGUUGGAAGUUUAAUCUCCCAUUGCCCGUUGCUUGAGCAUUUGGUGCUGGAAAAUGACAAAUUUUCGGACCUCAUUGAAUUUAGUGCUCCCAAGCUGAGGUCAUUUUUCUUCAUAGGCAAUAUAAAUUUUUUACAUCUAAAAAAUGUCCCUCUUCUUUCCAAAGUUUCAUAUAAGCCUACAUCAUUCUUUUUGGAGGCAGAACGUGAUCUUGCCGAGAUUUUUGAGUCUAUUCCUGCUCUCGAGAAUCUCUGCUGGAAUCAGGACUAUGUCGAGGCCGAUUAUGUUGGACAAGCUGAAGUUAUACCAACAAGGCUUCCCUCUUCUCUUAACUGUCUUAAACGCCUUUGCCUAUCUUGGGUUAUUCUGGGAGAAUUCGUUGUGCUUUCAUUUGCUCUUUGCUUGAUAAGAAGCUCCCCAAAUUUAGAAGAAAUUGAAAUUGAGGUGUGUGUUCUUAGAGAUGAGAUCUAUUAUGAACCCGUGCCCCGGGAUGCUGUUGAUGAGAUUCCUGCAAGCUUCUCAAAUAUGACAUUUAAUCACCUCAGGACAGUUAAGAUUUACAAUGUAGCAGGAACCGAGGCUGAAAUGCAACUUAUCAAGGUUUUGUUGGCCAAGUCCCCAGCACUGGUCAGAAUGUUAAUCAAGCCCCGUAGAAUGAAAGAUAAAAAAUCUCUCAAAGUACUCGCGGAGAUAACAAAUUUUCCUCGGGCAUCAUCUAAAGCCCACGUUGUGUAUAAUGUAGAUUAGUAUCCAUAUCAUAAUCCUGCUUAACCUUCACAAGUCUUCAAUCGGAUCAUGAUUUUUGGCUAAAAUGUCUUGGAAGUUGAAAAUGUAAAUAGAAAUGAAUGUUGAUACAGUCUAAGGCUGUGUUUUGCCUUUCCCAUAAGUGAAUCUGGUCGAACGUUUUGACUAA